GAGUGAAGUGACGGAGGCAGUUCUCCUGCAGAUUUGUGAUUUUUCUCCAUCAGGAUCAAAUUCAGAAUGAAUAUCCACCAUGUUCUGUCCUUCUGCUUCUUCUCAGCACUGUGUGGUGGAAACACUCGGCUCGUCAGCGCAAAAGUCAACAUUUUCAUAGGAGCUGAAGGAGGAAAUGGUUCAAUUACAUGCUCCUUGUCUUUGUAUGGAAGCAGGAAGUUCUUCUGUAAGAACAAAUGUAAAGCAGAAGAUAUUCUUCUUAAAACAGAUGAUGUCAGAGCUCAGAGUGGCAGAUUCAGCACUGAAUACACAAACAGAUCUUCAGGAGGAGGAACUCUGACUGUGACCAUCACACAUCUGACCAAGUCUGAUGCAGGACGGUACAGGUGUGGUUCGGGCAAAACUUUGGUUCCAGAGUCAUACACUGACUUUGAGGUCAGAGUUUCAGAUGGACCACUGUUGGCUGGACAAUCAGGUUUCUUCCGUACAGAAACUGAAGGAGAAGAACUCACUUGGCGAUGCAGCAAUACCGUCUACGGAAGGCAGAAGUUCUUCUGUAAGAACAAAUGUAAAAAACAAGAAGACAUUCUCAUCGAAACAGAAGGCAACCAAACUCAGAGUGGCAGAUACAGCAUUAAAUAUAAAGAAGGAUCUGUAUAUGGACUGCAUAUGACCAUCAAACAGUCGACCAAGUCGGACACAGGAUGGUACAGGUGUGGUUACGGCAGAGCUUCGUCUCCAGAUUCAUACCGGGAUCGUUUCGUCAUUGUCACAUAUGCAUCAGUCCCAUCAGCCUCCACACCAACACCAACAACAACUCAGAGUCAAAGCUCCAGUUCAGGAAGUUUCACACCAUCAGUUUCCCCUGAAACCACCGACCAGCUUACAGCAUCAGUCCCAUCAGCCUCCACACCAACACCAACAACAACUCAGAGUCAAAGCUCCAGUUCAGGAAGUUUCACACCAUCAGUUUCCCCUGAAACCACCGACCAGCUUACAGCAUCAGUCCCAUCAGCCUCCACACCAACACCAACAACAACUCAGAGUCAAAGCUCCAGUUCAGGAAGUUUCACACCAUCAGUUUCCCCUGAAACCACCGACCAGCUUACAGCAUCAGUCCCAUCAGCCUCCACACCAACACCAACAACAACUCAGAGUCAAAGCUCCAGUUCAGGAAGUUUCACACCAUCAGUUUCCCCUGAAACCACCGACCAGCUUACAGCACUGUGUGGUGGAAACACUCGGCUCGUCAGCGCAAAAGUCUACAUUUUCACAGGAGCUGAAGGAGGAACUGGUUCACUUUAUUGCCACUUCUCUUCAUAUGGAAGCAGGAAGUUCUUCUGUAAGAACAAAUGUAAAGCAGAAGAUAUUCUUCUUAAAACAGAUGAUGUCAGAGCUCAGAGUGGCAGAUUCAGCACUGAAUACAGAGACAGAUCUUCAGGAGGAGGAACUCUGACUGUGACCAUCACACAUCUGACCAAGUCUGAUGCAGGACGGUACAGGUAUGGUUUGGGCAAAACUUUGGUUCCAGAGUCAUACACUGACUUUGAGCUCAGAGUUUCAGAUGGACCACUGUUGGCUGGACAAUCAGGUUUCUUCCGUACAGAAACUGAAGGAGAAGAACUCACUUGGCGAUGCAGCAAUACCGUCUACGGAAAGCAGAAGUUCUUCUGUAAGAACAAAUGUAAAAAACAAGAAGACAUUCUCAUCGAAACAGAUGGCAACCAAGCUCAGAGUGGCAGAUACAGCAUUGAAUAUAAAGAAGGAUCUGUAUAUGGACUGUAUGUGACCAUCACACAGGUGACCAAGUCGGACGCAGGAUGGUACAGGUGUGGUUACGGCAGAGCUUCGUCUCCAGAUUCAUACCUGGAUGAAUUCAUUAUUGUCACAGAUGCAUCAGUCCCAUCAGCCUCCACACCAACACCAACAACAACUCAGAGUCAAAGCUCCAGUUCAGGAAGUUUCACACCAUCAGUUUCCCCUGAAACCGCCGACCAGCUUACAGGUUACUUCCUGCCUCUGGUUGUCGGUGUGACUUGUGUUUUUGUGCUGCUGGCUGUUUUUCUGCUGCUCCUCUACAAAUGGAAGACAAGGAGGAACUUUGCUGUGAACACCGGAGGAAAUGCAGACUACAUACACAUGGAGGCAUCUGUCACCUAUGAGAACUUGGCUCCAGUCUCCACACGUGAAGAGUCCAUCUACCAGACCCUCCAACCAGCCAGCACAGAUCAGGACCAAACCUACUCUACACUUUAAGACAGCAAACAAAUGAUAAUGUUUGGAUUUGAAUCUGGAUUUUGUGCAGCUUAUAAUGUUCUGCAAGGUUCCAUUUUGUUGCUUUACUGUUGGCAGAUAUUAUGUAAGGGAUAAUGUACAGCCAGCGGGUCAUUGUUGU